AUGGUAGCAUGCACGUGCCAGAUGAUGAAGUCUCCGAUGACCAGCGCGUCGUGUGCCGUCUUGCAGAGAGGAGUGAAGCGGUUUCGGGUCAAGAUUUUGAAGACGGGUGGUGGCGGAAGAGGGGAGGUCCUCGCCCGGGGCAUGGCGCGCGUCUUCCACUGCUGCAGUAUCCAGGCUUCAUGCCUGGUUAAGGGGGAAAAUUGCCAUAUUCUGGAAAACCCAGAAUAUCCUCUGCUGUCUAAAGAUGGAGAUGUGAUAAUUGGAGCGAUCUUUUCAAUGCAUGAUGGUACACAGAUGGAACCACUGACAUACACUGAAAAACCUCAACCCUUAAUCUGCAUUGAAUUUAACCUCAGUGAAUUCCGCUUUGCUCAGACCAUGAUUUUUGCGAUUGAUGAAAUCAACAGAAGCAACAGCUUGCUCCCAAAUAUAUCAAUUGGUUACAGAAUUUAUGAUAAUUGUCUCUCAAGAUUGCUAUCUAUGAAGGCAGCAAUGGCUUUGAUAAAUGGUCAGGACACAACAGCAGAUAAGGCAUGCUGUGGACAGGCAGCAGUACAAGCCAUCAUAGGCGAAUCAGAGUCUACACCUACUAUAGCACUUACAAAAACUACAGGACCUUUCAACAUCCCAGUGAUAAGUCCUGCUGCAACAUGUGAAUGUUUGAGCAACAGAAAAGAAUACCCCUCCUUCUUUAGGACCAUAGCAAGUGACUACUACCAGAGUAGAGGGCUGGCAAAUUUGGUUAAGCACUUUGGCUGGUCUUGGGUCGGAGCUGUGUACAGUGAUAAUGACUAUGGAUACAAUGGAAUGGCCAUUUUUCUAAAUGCAGCAAAAGAGGAGGGAAUAUGUGUUGAAUAUUCUGAGAAGCUUGACCGGUCAGAUUCUGACAAAAUCCUAAAAGUGACUGACAUUAUUAAGAAAAGAACAGCAAAAGUAAUAAUUUUAUUUAUCUCCUAUUUUGAUAUGAACAUUCUAAUAGACCAUCUUAUUUUAAAUAAUGUCACUGGCUAUCAGAUGAUUGGUGUUGAGGCAUGGAUUUCUGCUGUAGAUAUAGUAAGACCAGCAAGUUAUGACAUACUAGCUGGAGCUAUUGGUUUUGAUGUGGGAAGAUUAAACAUCCAUAGUUUUGCUGAUUAUGCCGCCAAUGAAUUUUGGCAAACAGCAUUACCUUGUUUGCCUACAGAGGGAGACAUUUCUCAAACUGAAAUCAACUGUGAGAAAUAUGGAGAGAUAAUUCAAUAUAAAAACUACAGUAAUGAUAUAGCAGAAUUGAGAUAUGCAAAUAAUGUCUACAAUGCAGUCUAUGCUAUUGCACAUUCUCUACACAGCCUUUUGAGAUGCACAAAAAACCAGGGUUGUGAGAAAAACAAAACAAUACAACCAUGGCAGGUUGUUAAUUAUCUAAAAAGGGUAAACUUUACAACCAAAGUAGGAGAAGAGGUUUGGUUUGACAGCUCUGGGGCUGUGGCUGCAAAGUUUGAUGUGGUGAACUGGCAACGAGCAGUCAAUGGAGAAGUGCAAUUUAAGGUUGUGGGAUAUUAUGAUGCCUCACUGCCAAAUGGACAACAAUUUGUCCUGAAUGCUGAUGAUAUAGUGUGGGCUGGAGAGAAACGAGAGCCAAGGUCUGCGUGCAGUGAGAGCUGUCCUCCGGGUACCAGAAAAGCUGCACAAAAAGGAAGGCCUGUCUGCUGUUAUGACUGUAUACCCUGUGCUGAGGGAGAGAUCAGUAACCAGACAGAUUCAAAUAACUGUGAGCAGUGUCCAGGAGAAUUUUGGUCUAAUGCUAAAAGAGAUAAAUGUGUAUUAAAGGUCAUAGAGUUUCUUUUAUUUACAGAAGUUAUGGGAAUAGUACUAGUACUAUUUUGCUUGGUUGGAACUGCAUUGACUGUCUUGGUAGCUGUUUUAUUUCUAAUAGAAAGAGACACUCCUAUUGUUAAGGCCAACAACUCUGAGCUGAGUUUUCUGCUGCUGUUCUCCCUGACUCUGUGUUUCCUCUGUUCACUGACUUUCAUUGGACGGCCCUCUCAGUGGUCCUGCAUGUUGCGUCACACAGUUUUUGGGAUCACCUUUGUCCUUUGUAUCUCCUGUGUACUUGGGAAAACAGUAGUUGUGCUAAUGGCUUUCAGGGCUACACUCCCAGGCAGUAAUGUCAUGAAAUGGUUUGGGCCUCCACAGCAGAGACUCAGUGUACUUGUUUUUACUCUCAUACAGGUCCUUAUAUGUGUUCUUUGGUUAAUAGUUUCACCUCCUUUUCCUUACAAAAAUAUGAACUACUACAAGGAAAAAAUAAUAUUAGAAUGUAACUUGGGCUCAGCCAUAGGCUUCUGGGCAGUGCUGGGUUAUAUAGGUGUUGUGGCUUUAAUGUGCUUUGUUUUAGCUUUUCUAGCUAGAAAGCUGCCAGAUAAUUUUAAUGAAGCCAAAUUUAUCACAUUCAGCAUACUCAUAUUCUGUGCCGUGUGGAUCACCUUUAUUCCAGCUUAUGUCAGCUCUCCUGGAAAAUUUACUGUAGCUGUGGAGAUAUUCGCUAUUUUGGCAUCCAGUUUUGCUUUAUUAUUCUGUAUAUUUACACCUAAAUGUUAUAUUAUACUUUUUAAACCUGAACUGAACACAAAGAAAAAUAUGAUGGGUAAAUUGGCAUCUAAAACAAUCUAA